AUGCCGGCUAAAAAUACGGAAGCCUUUAGUUUAGAAAUAGGCCAGCAAAUAGUUAGAGAUUUUAGAACGGGAAAUGAAUAUUGUGAUUUAUUAAGUAGAAAUGUUAAAGAGAUAGGAAAGAUAGAACAAAACUUAAAAGAUGGAAUAUUACCCGAAGUAUUUAAACUGCAUAGUAAAGUGAGUAUAAUAAGUCCUAAGAGUGUUAGAGAGAUGUGUUUGUUAUUGGAAGUAGUAGAUCUUAAAGUAAGUAAGUUAAAAGUCUGGCGAGAGAUAGUAGAAAGAGUUGUUGGUUACCCAUUAGGAUACUUAGAAGUUAAGACAGAAGUAUUGAGUGUCUUUGGUGGAGUAGUGAGGGAGUAUGUAGCUAAGCAUAAACGGUUGGAGCAGUCUUUGUUUAAGGGGGCAGUUUGUGCCUUAUCAAGAAGUACUAAAGCCUUUGCAACGAGUGUUUUAAUGCCUUGGGUGCGGGAAGGAAUGACCGGGGCGGGUGCUUUAGUGAUGAGUAGAGUAGUGAUGAAAAGUAGUUCAGAACGGGAGUAUAUGGAAUGGUUGUUGCGGGAAUUGAUGGGUUUGGGAUGGUCUAGUGCGGUUUAUGCUUUAUUACUAUCUAUUUUGAUUAAGAAGUUGAAAUUAAGUCAGGAAGUACUGGCUGAGGUGAAGACUUACUUAGUAGUGGGAUGUAAUGGAACAGCCGAACGAGUUUUAAGUUGGCACAAGUUGGUUUUAGUAGUAGUAAGGGGGUAUAGUAAGGAGGUGGAUUUAAGUGAGUUAAAGGAGUACUAUGGAGAAGUAGGUGGUAAUGGGAUAGAGGAGGAGAUUAGAUUAGGAUUGGUUUGA